GGGCAGCGGCGAUGUUCGACUGCUGGGGAGCCGCGCUCGGCGCCGCCGUCUCCGUCCCCGUCCUCCUCCUGGUGGCAGCGCCCUACAUCAGAAGGUAUGUCGCUGGUGGACGGUGCAAGUCGACAGUCAGGCUGGAGGGGAAGGUGGCCAUAAUCACAGGAGCCAACACAGGCAUCGGGAAGGAGACGGCCAGGGACCUCGCCCGAAGAGGUGCGAGGGUGAUUGUCGCUUGCAGAGACAUAAAGAAGGCAGAAGCUGCAGCCAGUGAAAUCCGAGCUGAGACGGGGAACCAGCAAGUCAUUGUGAAAAAACUGGACUUGGCUGAUACGAAGUCCAUCCGGGAGUUUGCUGAGAAAUUUCUAGCAGAGGAGAAGGAGCUCCAUAUUCUCAUUAAUAAUGCUGGGGUAAUGUUAUGCCCGUACUCCAAGACUGCUGAUGGCUUCGAGAUGCACCUGGGAGUCAAUCAUCUUGGGCAUUUUCUCUUGACCUUCCUGUUGCUGGAGUGCCUGAAGCAGUCUGCCCCCGCCCGCAUAGUGAACGUGUCCUCGCUGGCUCAUCACGGGGGACGAAUCCGCUUCCAUGACCUCCAUGGUGAGAAGAGCUACAACCGUGGCCUCGCCUACUGUCACAGCAAAUUGGCCAACGUGCUCUUCACUCGGGAGCUGGCGCGGCGGCUGCAAGGCACUAAAGUCACAGCAAAUGCUCUCCAUCCUGGUUCUGUCCAUUCUGAGCUGGUCCGGCACUCGUUUGUAAUGACGUGGCUGUGGAAGAUAUUCUCAUUCUUCUUGAAGACACCUCAGGAAGGAGCUCAGACCAGCAUCUACUGUGCCGUAGCAGAAGAACUAGACUCUGUGACAGGACAGUAUUUCAGUGACUGCAAGCCAGCAUAUGUAUCUCCAUGGGGUCGGGAUGAUGAGACAGCAAAGAAGCUCUGGAGUGUGAGCUGCGAGCUCCUCGGCAUCCAGUGGGACUGAGCGGCGCAGACUUCAAGCGUGUAGCUGGCUGAGCCCAGCGAUGCUUCUCCUGGGAAGAGCACAGCUGAGAGACCUCAAGACUAGAGCACCGAUGCUUCAGCUGCCCUCAUGAUGGCUCUGUGAACACAAUCUAAUAUGAAUUUCUGGAAUACUACAUCUAAAGAUUGAGAUUAGUGAGCAACCAGUGCCCCUUCCUAGCUGGAGAAUUAGAGCGCCGAUGCAGGGAGUAACCUCCACUUGGUAUCUCACACAACAGCCAGAGACUACUGUUCUCUGGCUUUAGAAUAGAAAUGGAGGUUGUGGUCUUAGGUUUAGAUUAUGAAGUAACAAAGAAUUACCUUUAUUUAAUUAAUUUUUUUCCCUAACAGUAAUAGUAAUGAGGUAGGACUCUAAACUUAUGAUUUGUGAGGUUAUUUUCAGUUCCUACUAUUUGACCUGGCAGAAUGAACAUACUUUAGGAAUUUAGACUGUUCUGGCAAUUACAUGCAAUACAAAUGCUCUCAAGCACACGGAAACAGGUGCUGGCCUUUUUGUACCAUUAGGUAACAUUUUUAAGUCGAAUCGGUUAUUUUUCACUAUAUUCUCUGUAAGAAGUUGGACCAUGGCCACUGAAGUAUCUUGGCCCCAGAUGCUCAUUGAUUGCAGUAAGUUACCUGAGGGUUGGCAUUUGAGAACCCAGGUCUCAGGGCAGUUGCCCGGGAGGUUAAAAGCUGCAGAAGUGCUGCAAUUGUGCAUACGCAAGUUAUCUUAUUAAGAAAAAUUAACAUCUCUCCUGUGAAGCACUGAGCAAAGAUGGUAUAAAAGUUGUCACAAUAAACCCCCCAGCUGCACUUUAAAUGACUUUAGAACCUAGAAAAGAGAGCAGAAUGAGUAAAAAACAUCUCAGCUAUGUUAAAAAAAAACAGAAAUUACUUUAGCUUUAAAUGACAGCAGACUACCUACAGCUGAAGCAGAGGUCACAACUGUAUUAUCAAGAUAGUCACAUGAGCUACAGGACAGGAAAGUAAGACUUGCACAGAAAUCCUUACGUUUGUCUGCCAGCAGUUUCUGGCCUUGCAGCACCGUACAGCCCGUGCUGCUGAAGGCAGCUGGGUCCAUCCACGUAGCCUUGGGACUGCUCUGCUCCCUUGGAACUCCUGCACUCCUCGAUACAAAUUGCUAGAGUGCGAUCCAUAACCAGAGAUGAUUUCUGAAAGAAUUAAGCAGUUAGAAAACAAGUACCACGGCAAUAAAAGUCCAGAAGUUUCUGGACCUGUAUAUGAGUGUGCCACUGUGACCAACUACCAGUUUUGGGAAACAAAUGUUGAUUUUAUGAUUAAUUCUUUCUGUCUGGAUGCUACCUAUGCAGAUCAGUCCUGUGCUACCUCUGAGCAAUACUAAAUAAAGCCAUUUUCUUUUUACAACA